GCUGAAUCUGCUCCUGGAGAGAAAACCACAUGUUGACUCCUGUGCCGGACAGCUAGCAGCGGUAGUUUGCUAACGUCAACCCGGGGCUGCAGGACUUGAAGCAGAGUCCUCACAGAGAGUCAUGGUGGUGAAGAAGAAGACAGCCAGGGUGGAGGCUGUGGUGUUGGAGGAGAAGAAGCUGCAUGAGCUGAUAGCAUCCCUCUCUGUUGAUGGAGGGGAGGAUGGAGUCAAACAGCUGGCUGAAACCCUGCAGUCAUGUCUGGAGCUGGCGGAGCCAGUGCAGCAGAUCCAGCUGGUUAAAAAGGCAGGGUCCCAGCUGGAGGCACUGAGUGGAGAGCAGUGUGAUGGAGAGCUUCUGGACUCCUGUGUACACACCCUGACUCUGCUCUACACGUCCCUGCAGGCCAAGAACCCCCUACGACGAGCUGUUGCCAGUGCUUUAGCUUCUGUACCACUGUGGCUUCAGGAGCGCACCGUAAACAGUUUGUCCGCCUGCUUGUUGGAUUGUACAUCCUGUCCGUCUGCAGAGAAGCACCCACAUACUGUGGACACCAUCGGGGCCUGCCUGGAUGGCUUCCCUCUCGGUGAGAGAUGCAUCAAAAAACUACUGGUUGAAGUUUUACAGUUUUUCCACAAAGUGUUGAGUGAAUAUCUUCACCAGAACAGAGGUCUGACGGGCCGCCACAUUGCCCAGGCACAGCUGAUGCAGUCCUGCCUGGCUGCAGUGAAGACCUCCAUGCUGGUGGUUCAGCGGUGUCAGGAAUCCCUCGCUGCCGCUCUGCAGGAUCAGAGCGAGCUGGAGGAAACGUUGGGGGGCCUGCUCGGCUGCUACACACACAUCCUCACUGACGAGGAGUUCAUCCAGUCCGUGCAGAGUACAGCUGGCAUGGCUCUGGUGUUAUUGAUCAGGUCUGUCCUGGGCUCUGGAGACGACAUCGCCUCCGUGGUGUGCGGUCUGCUGCAGAGCUCUGGUCAGGGUCUGGAGUCCAGCCCCCCGUGGCUCAGGCGGAGGUGUGAAGGCCUGUGCUCCAGCCGCCGCCCCGCCGGCGUGUCUCUGUAUCUGUGUCACGGCGCUCUGGCCAUGCUGAGCUGGAAGGGCGCCCUCCCCGGGCCGCGCUGGGAGCAGCUGCUGCUGCUGGUGCCGAACACGCUGCUGGACCUGGACGUCAGCAUUAAGGAGUCCAGCACGGCCAUGGUGGUGGCUCGGGUCCUGACCCUGUGGAGCGGCGCCGCCCUGGACUGCCUGCAGGGGGAGCCUGCAGCCUGUCCCCCCGCCCUGCAGCAGGCCCUCAGCGGAGGCUCGGAGCUGCAGCGCCGCCUGCUGGAGCACAUCUACUCCCACUGGGAGCAUCCGCUGGACGGAGUCCGCCACCAGACCCGGUCGCUGUUCCGCAACCUGCUCCUCCUCCAUCAGCACGCCGCCGGCGCCGGCCCCGACCCCACCAAGGACGCGUACGUCUCCGAGCUCACCCUGAGCCUGCUGGGGCUGGAGUGGCACAUGAGGGGGAAGUACGGCUCCCUGGGCUGCCUGGUGGAGCUGUAUGGGGCGGGGCACCUGCUGGAGCUCCAGCCCCGCCUGCCCUCCCGCCUCCUGGGCCUGAUGGGGGACCAGACCCUGGCGCCGUACGCCAGCGACCUGCUGGAGCGGCUGUUCGUCAGCCACAAGGCGCAGCUGGCGAGCGCCGCGGCGAAGCCGGGGAGCGAGGACUGGAUGGAGCUUUGGCACCAGACGUGGGUGGGGCCUCUUCUGCACAUGCUGUGCCGGGCCAGGCCGGACCAGACCACCUAUAUCCUGGACUACUUCCUACCCAAGCUGCUGCGCUGCAGCCCCUCCAGCCUGGCUCACAUGGUGAAGGCCUUGCAGGAUCCGGGAUCGUCCUGCAGUGCCAGCCCUUCAGGCAGCAGGGGGGCCCUGGGGGCCCUGAUGACGUGCCUCCGGGCAGCCCGGGCGCAGGGAGUCAUCCCGUCCUCAGAGGGCGGGCUCUGGGGAGGACUGGUGCCCCUCGCUCUGCUGCAGCAAGCUUUGAUCCACAAACACGACCAGGUGAGGAUGGACGCUCUGGGCUUGGUGUGUGAGAGCCAUCGCAGCACCGAGGUCCUGACCUCAGAGGAAAUGGAGCUCAUCCGCUACUUCCUCCCUCCGAACCUGAACAGCCAGUCGCCGGGGAUCCGGCAGCAGACGGUCAGCCUGCUGAAGAAGCUGCUGUGCAGAGUGAAGGACAGCACUCAGCUGCUGCAGAAGAGGCUGAUCCAGGAGAGAGACCCCGAGCAGAGCCAGAGGGACCAACACACACUUCACCUGUACAAGGACUUCCUGCGCUGGCUGAGCGUGACGCUGCUCGACGUGCUGCUGCCUGCUGCUUCUUUCUCCAAAUGCCUCAUGUCGCUCCACCUGCUGGGCCUGCUGGCUCAGCUCUUCUCCUUCAGCACCGGACCCGACGUGUUCGCCCUGGGAGAGGUCGUGACCUCCACACACGCUCAGAACGUCCUCUACUGCGUCGCCAGCAACUUCCUGGAAGUCAAACAGCUGGCCUCCGCGUUGCUACGGCAACUCCCUCCAUCGACCGUCGGUCUCCAGGAGCCGGACAGGAUGCUGGGGGUCCUGCAGGCCGCGCUGGACCUCAGCACCAGCACCAAACCGUUCGACAGCGUGACGGCAGCCCACCUCCUCAACCUGCUGCUCCACCAGCCGGAGCUGAGCCGCGCCCUGCUGCUCUGCGCCCAGCGGCAGGGCGUCCGCCUCCAGCCCCCCUCUGCGCCCGCCCAGGCCUCUCACACACUCCUCCUGGAGCUCAACACCCUGGCCGUGGUGCAGCUGUUGCUGGGCUGCCUGCAGUCAGAAGUCCAGAAGGCCGAGUCGUCUCUGCUGCAGGCGGCUUCCUCCCGUCCGCUGUAUGGCCGAGCGCACUGCAUCACCGCCGUCCUGCAGAACCUCGACACACGGAGUCUGACUCACACGGAGCAGUGGAGGUCUCUGGUGACCGAGCUCAUCGCCGUGUGCUACAGGAUGUCCGACGUGGUCUCACCUGUGGUCCAGAGCUCCUCCCCAGAGGGACUCAUCCCCAUGGACACAGACUCAGAGACGUCAGCCGGUCUGCAGAGGAUCCUGCAGGAGAUUCAGCCCCGGGACACCAAUGACUUCUUCACCAGCGCCAGACAGCUGGAAACUCACCAGGGAGACCCUCAAAACUCACACACACCGUCCCUCCAAGCAGCGGGCGGCGAGGGCUACAGGGUGACGGCACAGAUGGUGCUGGUGUGCUGCUGGCGGAGCAUGAAGGAGGUGGCCAUGCUGCUGGGACAGCUGUGUCAGACUCUGCCUCUGCGCUGCACACAGCCGGGGCUCAUCACCGAGGAGCAGGUGGAGGGGGUGGGCCUGUACUUCCGUCAGCAGCUCCUGCAGUCCCGUCACCGCGGCGCCUUUGAGCUGGCCUACGUGGGAUUCGUGCGUCUCACCGACAUGCUGUGCAGGAGUGGGAGUCGAACCCUGCAGCAGCUUCCCGCCCGCUGGCUGUCCGAGGUUCUGGAGGAGGUGAAGUCCAGCGAUCCGUCGUCCAAGCUGUGCGCCACCCGCCGCAGCGCCGGGAUACCGUUCUACAUUCAGGCUCUGCUCUCCUCUGAGCCCAAGUCUUCCAGCUGCAGCCUGUUGAAAAUGACCAUGCGGACGCUGAUCGGUUUGGCCACGCCCUCCACCGAGAGGACCAGCGACAGCUCCACCGUGCCGCAGGUCCACGCUCUGAACAUCCUCCGGGCUCUCUACAGGGACACCCGGCUCGGGGAGAACAUCAUCCCCUUCGUCUCUGACGGGAUGCAGGCCGCCGUUCUGGGCUUCACCUCCCCCGUCUGGGCUGUGAGGAACUCCUCCACUCUCCUCUUCAGCACUCUGAUCACCAGGAUCUUCGGAGUGAAGAAAGGGAAGGACGAGCACUCCAAGAAGAACAGGAUGACAGGUCGGGAGUUUUUCACCCGGUUUCCGGCUCUCUACCCGUUCCUCCUGACGCAGCUGGAGGCGGCCGCCGCCACCGUGGAAAGUGACAGCGGUCAGGUGAAGCUCCACCCCAGCCUGUUCCUGCUGCUGCUGGUGCUCAGUCGACUCUACCCGUCACCCAUGGACGGCUCCUCCUCGCCUCUGGGGCUCGCACCUUUCAUGCCCUUCAUUAUGAGAUGUGGCCGUUCGGCGGUGUACCGGACCAGAGAGAUGGCCGCCCGGGCCCUCGUCCCCUUCGUGCUGCUCACCCAGGUCCCGUCCACAGUCCACUCCUUACUGCAGGAACUCCCUCCACAGCCAGGAACCAAAGUCCAGCAGAACCACAUCCACGGGACGCUGCUGCAGGUGCUGUUUCUGCUGCGCUCCUACCAGGCCGACUCGCACAGACCCCUGCCAGCAGGAAGUGGCGUUGGCGAGGCCCUCGGUCAGCGCAUGUGGCUCGCUUCUCGACAGAACAGCUGCGUGGUGACAAGAGGAGCCUUUCUGGAUGUGCUGCUGUGUCUGUGCAGGCCGAAGAUCAGCCUACUGGACGGUUCAGAGGUGCGCUCGCUGCGCCGGAGCACCCUGUCCGUCCUGAUGGCCUCGGAGCUGGUGACCUCCGACCCCUCCCCCGCCACCUCUGCCCCCGGCAGCACGCAGUACCUGCUCAGCCUGGCCUCGGUGGCCCUCGGCGCCAGCGUGGAGCUCCCCGAGGUGUGGGGGGGCGCCGAGCUGACGGCCCAGCUGCUGGAGGCUCUGCUUCGCUGCCCGCAGUACGAAGUGAGGGAGCUGGCGGCGGAGGGGGUCCUGAGGAGGCUGCAGGAGGAGGAGGGGGUCCUGAGGAGGCUGCAGGAGGAGGAGGAGGGGGAGGACAAGAGGAGGAAGUGGCCCCAGUGGCUGGACGACACCACCCUGUCUCACCUGAUCGGCCUGGCGAUUCACGAGACACAACCCCAGUGUCUGGCCAAGGUCCUGAAGGCGCUCCGCCUGCUGAGCUCCGGCGGCGAGCUGCUGUGGAGAGACGGAGUCCAGGUUUGGUCCCAGCAGGAGGUCCUGCAGCACCUCCUCACGCUGGCCCAGAACUCCACUUAUAGUGUGGAGCUCCACUGUGCCGCCCUGACGCUGCUCUCCCAACUGGUGGUUCAGCUGGUGAACUCUGACCCUCAGGGGGCUGCAGCUGCAGUGUGUUGCUCGGCCCAGUGGGCGGCGCUGGUUUGCUCCUGCUGCUGUGAAGAGCAGCCGGCGGAGGUGAAGAUGAUGGCCGCCGAGGUGCUGGUCCACUGCACGCCCGCCCUGCUGCUCAGCCCUCAUCUGCCACUGGGUCUUUCCAUGACGGUGUCACUGUGGAGGAGUCUGCUCAUGUUGCUGCAGGAUGAAGACCAGGAAGUCCGAGACGCUGCUUCUGACUUCAUCUCCGAGGUGCCGGCUCAUCUGCUCAGUGCAGGUGUGGCCGGCGCCUCGGUGUGUCCUCCAGCCGCCCUGCUCUCGGGCGUAGAGCUGCUGUGCCGGCUGCUGGGGCUGUGGGGGCAGCCGGCGGCGGGGGUCCUGGCUCUCACGGAGUGGCUGCUGGGGGAGGACGGCGACGACCGCGACGUGUCUGCAGAAGCAGCUCCUGACCUGGAUGAGGAGGACUUCCUCUUUGAGAAGGGGGAUCUGAACCUGUGGGCGGAGCCUGGGCAGUGGGUGAACCUGCUGCACGCCCAGCUGACCCCCCUCGUGCAGACGGCCGACCCGGGAGCCGCCGACAUGGACCAGGCCCAGCAGAUCCGGGCCCGGGCCCAGGCUGAAGCCCUGAUUUCCCAGCAGGCCCUGGACGCUCUGCCGGCCCUGCCGCAGUUCUCGUCCACCGUGGAUCACGCCCGGCUCACGCUGCGGCGCCACAGGGCCGAGCUGGCUCUGGACCUGAUGGACAGGCUGCUGGAGAGGAGACUGCAGACGGGCAGCAAUCAAUAAUGUCUAACAAUUCUGAAAUAGUUUUUGAUGGUGCUGAAUAGUUUCUAUCCUAAAUUAUUGAUAAUGUCCAUUAUUUCACCCACUAUGCCUGCUUUUAUCAGGAAUCCGCUACAAACCUCCGAAAUAAGCAUUUGUCCAAAAAAUGCUAACAUAUUUAUGUAUUUUUACAAUAUUAGCGACUGUUAUUACCUCAAGAAAGGAUUUUUUUCUAAUGUUACUCCUUAAUCUAACAACUUCUUAGAUCAUCAACAAAAUUGGACCUUUUUUUUAAUUCAAUAGAUUAUAGAAUUUGCAGGCAUACAUUAUGGACUAUUGUGACAUUAUUGGUUGUUCUACACCAUGUUUUGGGAAUGUUUUAGCCUUUUUUUUUUUUUUUAACUCCGGUCUUUCUUAAUUUCCUGAGACUCAGAAGACGAUUUCUACAUUGUUUUUAAUCCCUCAAAAAAAACUGAAAAACUGAACUGUCAGCCACCAGGGGGCGACAUUCACUCUCGCAGAGAACACUCGUGGGUGUCUUUUGUACUGAAGUCUUACACGUGUUUGAGACCGCUGCUUUUUAAUUACUGACUUUUUAUUUUUACCCAGAAAUGAAAGCCAUCGGAUUAAACGGUUUGUUUCCUUUUAAUGUCUUCAAUUCCAUAAAAAGAAGCAGGAAAAAUCCCGAGCAGAACGCCCCGUGGACACGAUCGGUAUCAGCGCCGUAUGGGGAGUACAACAAUAAUUCAGGCUGAGCGGCGCAACACUUGCCACUCUGUUCUCUUAUCGGUGCUGGACUUGUCACACGACGAGACCAAAACAGUGUUCGCAUUGAGGAGCGUUGCCACUUGGCCACAUCCAUCCAAGAGGAAGAGGAGGAGGAGGAAGAGGAGGAGGCGGCUUGAACCCCUCGAGAGUUUCCGACGCCGAUUUGAGGGCAGCCUUGCGAGUUCAAAGGCCAUGAAAACGACGCGUCUGAGAAAGCUGUGACGUGUGCCGUUGACAGAAGGUGUUAUUUCCCUGUGAUAUUUAAAUAACUGCUUGGAUUCUUCCCACUGGAGAGAGUUUUUAUGCUCCCAUUUAGUUUUUCCCGGUUAUGCAAUUAGCAGGAAGGCACAAUGGACCACUGUCCUCUCUCUCUCUCUCUGUUUCCACGCUGCCCACUCGUACAGCUGGACCUCUCACUCUCUCUCUCUCUCUUCCCUGGUAGCCAUGUUCCCUGUUACAGUAAACCUGACGUAAUGUUUUGGAACAGCUUGACUACAUCUUCCCCCCACUUUCUCCUUCUCAAUAAAAACAGCCGUGUGAUGAUGGGUCGAGCGGUUUCUGCGGACAAGGACGUGUUCGAGGGAUUUCUCAGGAUCCUCUCUCACUCCUGUCUGUCCUUCACAUUCAAACUAUUUAUCACAACUCUGCAAAAUAGUCCUGGGGCAGCCCUCAAACUAAUUUUAGGGUUGGUAGUAGUAGAUUCCAGCUUCUUAUGUCACUUGUUUUUCCCCGCUUGUUGCUAUUUUCCCUUCAUUUUCAUCCCUCGUUCAGUUCUCUCUUUCCUCUAACCAAACCCCAUUCAGAAUUUUAGACUCCAGCAAACUAAUAAACACUGAGCAGAUUUGCUUUCCCAGAAUUUUAUGGUGAUGUGUCUCUUCUUCAUUCUCUCUGGUCUGAGGAGUUUAUGUUCAUGUCAUCAUCUGAAAGAAAGAUGAGAUAACUCUGUGACAGAAGGGAUAUCACUAUUUUGAGCUUCCUUAAAGGCAAACUAAUAAAGAAAACAUCCUUUGAAUGUUUGUUUUUCUGUGAGUACAGCUGGUUUUUACUCAGACAUACUGAGAAAAGGUUAAAACUU